GUCAGUUUAUCAUCUUCAUUGAGAUUUGGUGAGGUUAUAUAUCUGAUAAAAAUUGUCAUUUUUUAUUUGGUGAACAUUGUGUGUCUUCUAAUUUAAUACAAAAUGGAUUGUGAUAAUUUCAUGGUGCCUUCGGUACUUCAAAGAGAGCCUAACAAAAUAUUAUGUUGUGAUUGCGGUGUGCAAAUAGAUCCCAAUCCUUCCAAUAUGUGUAUUUCUUGCCUUCGUGCACGUGUUGAUAUAACAGAGGAUAUUCCAAAGCAAGUGGUCAUCUUUUUUUGUAGAGGCUGCGAAAGGUAUCUACAAACUACUACAGCAUGGAUCUCUGCAGCUCAAGAAUCGAGAGAACUUUUAUCUUUGUGUUUGAAAAAACUCAGAGGUUUGGAUAAGGUUAAAUUAGUAGAUGCUUCAUUUCUUUGGACCGAACCACAUUCCAGAAGAAUUAAAAUUAAAUUGACCGUACAUAAAACCUUAGAUUCAGGACUUGUCAUGGAACAGGCCUUUGUUGUAGAAUAUACUGUUAAUCAUAAAAUGUGUGAUGAUUGUCAUCGAGUAGAGGCUAAAAAUUUUUGGAAAGCUCUUGUUCAGGUUAGACAAAGAGCUGAAAACAAAAAAACCAUAUAUUAUCUUGAACAAUUGAUUUUGAAACAUAAAGCUCACUCCAACAUCACUGGAAUGAAAACUCAUAAUGAUGGGUAUGAUUUUUUCUUCUCUACAGAAGCUCAUGCAAGGAAGUUUCUCGAUUUUGUUAAAACUGUACUUCCUGUUAAGUACAGCCACUCCAAAAAAUUGAUUUCCCAUGAUAUUCACAGUAACUUAUACAAUUAUAAGUUCACUUAUUUAAUUGAAAUUGUACCAGUAGCUAGGGAUAACGUUGUUUGUUUGCCGAAGAAAAUGAAAAGUCAAAUGAGUUAUACUUCUCCAGUUUGCUUAGUGUCUAAAGUCUCUAAUUCAAUCCAUUUGAUUGAUCCAAGUUCUUGUAGAAUGGCCACAAUAACUGCUAAUGAAUAUUGGAGGAAUCAAUUUGAAAGUAUCUUUUCUCCAAAGCAACUUAUUAAAUAUUAUGUUUUGAAUAUUGAGCCUGUGAUGGAUAAGGAUCGAUCAUUUUACCCAGAUCCGAAAGCAUUCUCUAAAAAACAUGUCUUAGCCGAUUGUUGGAUUGUUAAAGAGAGUGAAUUGGGUAUAUCUGACAAUUCAAUCCAUGUAAAAACACACUUAGGACAUAUUUUGAAAGUUGGUGAUACUGUGCUUGGAUAUGACCUGGCAAAUAGUAAUGUUAAUAAUCCAAUCUUUCAAAAAAUUGAUAAUAGCGAAGUUCCUGAUGUAAUAUUGGUGAAGAAACACUAUGAUCAUUCCACAAGACGAAGAAACAGAACUUGGAAGCUCCAACACAUGGCUGAUCCUGAUCAGGGUCUCAAUUUGGAAGACGACUAUUAUGAAUUUUUGGACGAUUUGGAUGAAGAUCCUAACUUGAGGAAAAACAUCAAUAUUUUCAAGGACAAAACAAAAACAAUUCCUGUAGAUAAGAAUGAUGUUAUAGAUGAAAGUGCUCCAUACGUGACUUUAGAAGAGAUGUUAGAUGAAAUGACCAUUGAUGACGUUGAAAUGGCUGAUGAUGAAAUGGAAAACUAAAAUUUUGGGUUGAAUUUAAUUGUGUAUAACAGAAGAUAUUAUGUUAUUUAAGGUAGACAUAAAUGUUUUAUUUUUGAUUUUCUUGAAUUACCGUUAUUGAUGUUAUAAUAUGAACAAAAAGUUUAAUCAUGAUAAAAAAUGUAUGUUAAAUCCAUUGAAAAAAGAUAUCAAACAAAAAUUAUUAUAUUUAUCAUUUUCUCAAAGUAUUGCAUAAAAUGUUUAUUUUAUGGGAUUUCAGGUAUUCUAUAAAAAUUUUUUCUUUCAUUAAAGUAAAGAAGUCAAUGUUGCAACAUGGUAAUCCAAUUUUCUUAGUGAUCUACCAAUCAUGCAUUUCCAAUCUGAUAUUUUUUGAUCCAUUGAUUUCUCAUGAUUCGAGUUUUUUUUUCAUUCAUAUUCAGUCUUCUUCAUCAGAUGAUUCACUUUCUGAAGGAGGAAAGUCUGGCAUAUCUUAAAAAAUAAAACAUUAGUAUUUUAAA